AUGAAGUUCACAUCAGCUCUCACCACUCUCUUUCUCACAGCCGCCAGCGCAUCUCCCCUGAAGCCUCGAGCCAUCCCACCUUUCAAUGUCACAGACUUCUCCGCCGGCACAGUACCGCACUCUGUCCAAAACUACUAUGGCUUCAACGUGCAGACCUCCCCCGGCUCAGGCUUCGCCAAGUGCACCGCCAACAUCCAGGCCUACCAGGCGAUGAUGAGCGUGCCCGUGACGGCGUGCGACUCGGCCGGCGUGUACUUCAACUUCACCAUCACUGGCGGCCAGGGCGCCGAGCUUGACGUCUGGUGGCGCUUCACCGGCCACGGCGAGCUCAAGGGCACGUACCAGAUCCCCGAGGACCAGCUACCCUUCGAGGGCGAGGGCACCGGUGUUCACCAGGUCUAUUCUGGGCCGGUCAACUUCACCAUCACGGAUGUCGUCGAGGAGGCCCCGACUGACAACAUGGCUUAA